CUGAAAGCACAUUAAAGGGCACCCGUCUUACCAAACACCCAAAAAUGCUCUCUCUCUCUCUCUCUCUCAAUCGCUCUGUGAAAAGGAGCCUCCAUCUCUCUCGCUUUCUCUAUCAAUCACCAAGUGCUCAAGUGUUCUGUGAAUUUGUUGCUAUUCUCUAUUAUUUUUGCGUAGAUAUUUUUUUGUGCUUUUUUCUGUUUUGCAGGUAUUUUCUAUUUUUUCUUUAAGUUAUGGAUGCAGGUUCUCUCUCUUCCUCUGCUUCAAUUAAGCAAGAGAGGCCUCACCCUCUUCGUGAGCAGAUGGUUCCAAGAAGACCUUCUUCAAAGCAACAAUACAGUGAUAGAUUCAUCCCAGAUAGAAGAGCAAUGGACCUUGAUGUUGCUCGAUAUAUGCUCAUGGAUUCAAAGAAAGAGAAUACCACCUCUGGUUCACCAUCAAAAGAGGCUUAUAGGAAGCGUCUCUCCGAGAUUGUAUUCCAAAAUAGAACGAGAAUCCUGGCUUUUAAGAGCAAGCCCCCAACCCUUGAGAAAGCUUAUGAGGAAGUUCUCUCAGAUAAGCAUCAUGUGCGAUCAGCCAAGCCUCGAAGACAUAUUCCUCAGNCUGCUGAGAGGACCCUUGAUGCCCCAGAGUUGUUGGAUGAUUACUAUUUGAAUCUGUUGGAUUGGAGUUGUGGCAAUGUGUUGGCCAUUGCCCUUGGGAACUCAGUUUAUCUAUGGGAUGGUUCAAAUGGAUCUACUACUGAGCUGACAACCAUCGAUGAUGACAAUGGCCCUGUUACCUCUGUCAAUUGGGCACCUGAUGGGCAGCACAUAGCUGUUGGAUUGAACAAUUCUGAUGUCCAUCUCUGGGAUGUAACUUCGACUACACAGCUACGAACUCUAAGAGGUGGUCACCGCGGGCGAAUUCCCUCUCUUGCGUGGAAUUCUCAUAUUCUCACAACUGGUGGCCAUGAUGGCCUCAUUAUCAACAACGAUGUGAGAGUUCGAUCACACAUUGUGGAAACUUACAGAGGCCACCAACAAGAAGUUUGUGGCCUCAAAUGGUCUAAUUCAGGCAAACAACUAGCAAGUGGUGGAAAUGACAAUAUCCUCCAUAUUUGGGAUCAAAGCUUAUCUAAUUCCAGCAACUCACCGCUGCAUAGAUUAGAGGACCAUAUGGCGGCAGUUAAGGCAUUGGCUUGGUGCCCAUUUCAGAGCAAUUUAUUGGCUUCAGGUGGAGGUGGGGCUGAUAGGUGUAUCAAAUUUUGGAAUACACAUACUGGAGCUUGCAUAAAUUCAGUGGAUACGGGGUCUCAAGUGUGUUCAUUACUUUGGAGUAAGAAUGAGAGAGAGUUGUUGAGCUCUCAUGGUUUUACUCUAAACCAAUUGACACUGUGGAAGUAUCCAUCUAUGGUGAAGUUGGCUGAGCUUAAUGGGCAUACUUCUAGAGUUCUAUUCAUGGCCCAGAGCUCAGAUGGGUGUAGUUCUAUUCAUGGCCCAGAGCCCAGAUGGGUGUACAGUGGCCUCAGCUAGAGCUGAUGAGACAUUGAGAUUUCAGCAAGUUUUUGGAGCUCCUAAACUCCUCAACAGCAAGCCUGAAGCUAAGACCUCAUUUGGCCCAAUCAACAAUAUCAACCAAAUCAGAUGAUCCAUUUCAGAACGAGAGGUCUCUACCCAUUCUAUGCAUGUCAGACUGAUUUGAGUGAGAAAGAGCAGGCAUGCGAGAAUUCCUGGAUUUGAGAGAGAAAGAGUUGUCCUAUUCUGAGGUCUUUUAAGGCACGGAUUAUGGAAAAACAGACAGCAGGGAGAAGAUAUGCAUGAUUUUUGUUACAUUUAUUAACUUGUUCUCUAGUUUUUUCCGUCUUUUGUGAGGUCUUUUCGAAGCUUGGAUACACGAUCAGUCAAGAGUUUGACUUGUAUGAAUGUAUGAAAGAAGAGAGGGAUACAAUAUCACUCUGAAGUUCUCUAUCAGUCAAGUCCAAGAGUUUGACUUGUGCUGUGAGGUUGUGAGGUCUUUCGAAGGUUGGAUCCACGAUUAGUCAAGUCUGUAUGAAUGUAUGAAAGAGAUACACGAUGUUUCUAUCAUUGUUUGUGAUGUUCUUUGUUUCUUGGUUUUCUCGUUUCUA